AUGUCUGGACCUCAAUGUAAUCCUCCAGGCGGUCCUCCUCCCAGUAGGCGAACCCAGUGUUGUCAAGGGACACCUUCGGGACAAUAUGUUCCUCAAUAUGGUCCACCUCCAACUGAAAUGUCGCGACAAUAUAAUACUGGUAAAUUACCACUACCACCAACAACAACAAAUAUUGAAGUCCAUCAAUCAUCACAAUCACCGCCACAAGUUACCAUUACAGAGCCACGUAGAGUGGAUACUUCGAUUCCACCCGAAAAGAGAAAUUUUACACAAAUUACAAGUAUAAAACAAAUUUGGAGGAUGCCUAUAUUUUAUGAGGGCAGUCCUCCAUAUAACCUUUCAGAUAGUCCUCUUCCCAGUAGUCAACCUUUUCAACCUCAAUAUAACCUUUCAGACAAUCCUCCUCCCGGUAGUCAACCUUUUCAACCUCAAUAUAACCUUUCAGACAAUCCUCCCCCCGGUAGUCAACCUUUUCUACCGCAAUAUAAUAAUCAAGGCCUCCCUUCGCAAUAUAAUCCUCCUCAAAGCCCACCUCCUACGAACCUAUAUAAUAACCCUCCUCAAAGUCCACCUCCUACGAACCUAUAUAAUAACCCUCCUCAAGGUCCACCUCCUACGAACCUAUACAAUAACCUUCCUCAAGGUGUUCCUCGAUAUGUUCCGCCGCAAGUUACCGUACCAUAUAUUCCAGGUCCUCCAGGUAAUGUGGAUACUUCAAUUCCUCCCGAAAAGAGAAGUUUUACACAAAUUACCAGUAUAGAACAAAUCUGGAGGAUGUCCUUAUUUUAUGAGGGUAGACCGACUUGGAAGCUUUGGUUGGGACAGCUACUUCAGGAAACUACUGCUCUUCAUAUGUACCUUCAUGCAGCUUUUAUACCUAUACCUGUUAUUCAAUCAGCUCUAAUACCGGAUGUAAGAUUUAUUCUUGUUCUGAUUACUAUAGUAGUUACUACGACUACUGUUCUCAUAAUCCAACUCCUACUACCACUGCCACCACCUGCCCAACAUAUGUACCUUCAUGCAGCCUUUAUACCUAUACCUGUUAUACAAUCAUCACUUAUUCCGGAUGUAAGCUUUAUACUUGUUCCGAUACAUAUAGUAAUUUAUACGACAACUGUUCUCGUAAUCCAUCUCUUUCUUUAUCUUCUCCUACUAUUACCACCUGCCCAACAUAUGUACCUUCAUGCAGCUUUUAUACCUAUACCUGUUAUAGAAUCAGCUCUUCUACUGGAUGUAAAAUUUAUACUUGUUCUGAUACCUAUAGUAGUUACUACGACUACUGUUCUCUUAAUUAAUACGGUAUUGACAGUAAAUUACACAUUGUAG